AUGGAAAAGCUUCAAACCCUCAUUGCCAGCGUGACUGGAAAGGAGAAAGUCGGGUUCCUGGAUACCUCGACGGAAUCACUUUAUGUCGCAGCAGCAGCCAUAGCCUUCAACCCUAUCUUCUGGAAACUAGAGUACUCUACCCACUUCUUGACCAAGAUCUUCCGCUCUCCGUAUUAUGGUUGUUAUGCAUUGGCAGUGACUAUCUUCUCACUCGGUAUCCUACGCGACUCUCUGUACAAAUCCGCGCUUGACGACCAGCCGCUCUACCAGCCCUUGCACCAGCCAGCACUCGGCGUGAUCCUAUUCCUUAUCGGCAACACCCUGGUCCUGUCAAGUAUGUGGGCGUUGGGGGUAACGGGCACCUAUCUCGGCGAUUACUUCGGGAUCUUAAUGGACACCAAGGUAGAAGGUUUUCCCUUCAACGUCACCGGAGCGCCUAUGUACUGGGGCAGCACCCUGUCCUUCCUGGGUACUGCCUUGUACACAGGUCGAACCGCUGGUGUGUUGCUCACUCUGGAGGUUUUCGUCAUGUACCUCAUCGCACUACGAUUUGAAGAGUAA